GAUAUUCACCUCCCCACAAAGAUCAAGGAGGCUAUGCAGAUGCAGGUGGAAGCUGAUCGAAAGAAACGUGCUGCUAUUCUGGAGUCAGAGGGUCAGCGGGAUGCUGAAAUUAAUCGGGCUGAAGGCGUCAAACGGAGCCAAGUUCUCUCUUCGGAGGGCCGGCGCACGGAAACCGUAAACCAUGCGGCAGGUGAGGCUGAAGCCAUCCUGCGGUUAGCAGAAUCACGCGCGAUGGCCGUUCGAAAACUGGCCGACGCCAUUACUUCCGAUCGUGGUGAAGAUGCUGUGCAGAUGGCCAUCGCAGAGCGCUACAUCGACGCCUUUUCAAAACUGGCUAAGUCCACUAAUACGAUGCUCUUGCCCUCCCAAGCCGGCGACGUUUCUUCAAUGGUUGCGCAGGUUUGUCAAUUGCUCCCAUUUUUAGUGUUUUUUCUUUCUACUCGAAAAGUCUAG